AAAACUAAAAAAAAAAAAAAAGACACUAAAAAAAAGAGACAGAACAGAGGAUGCAGCCUCCGCCGUAAUAACUCUCUUAUUUUUCAUGCAAAAUCGACAAUGCAUAUCUUUCUAGACGGAGUUCCAACUCAACGGCUUCUUUUCAUUUUGAGGUUGUCAAAAAAAAAGACCGGGAAACCAAUCGACAACUUUUCUUUUUCAAGGCAAAUGGAUGGAUCGUUGAGCGUAGAUGCGUUCUACGGAUUGGUGUAAUUAGAAUUAAUAGCAAUGCUUUCCAAACCAUGUUUAUUUUAUCCGAGAGUGAGAACUUGAUUGAGUAUCUAAUAUGGGUGAAUGACAACUUCACGAAAAUGGAUCAUAGGUCAUACUAGGAUAGAUGAAAAAAAAAUUCUACACAAUAUCGUCAAUUUUUUUUCCUCACGAGCAAAAAGGGCAAAAUGCAUAGCAAUCACCGGUUUGAGCAAAGUAGUAAAACCCUUAAAACGAACACUUGAAAGAUCUAUUUCCGUUGAACGGCCCAGCCUCAUGGAUCAUUUCGUCAAAAGAAUCUUUACCUCCAAAAAAACCAUAUUCUUAAUCUUAAAAUCGAUCAUCGAAAAGCUUAUUUUCGCCUUGUUUUCGCUUUUGAAUGUAUAAAUCCCAUUGUGGGUACCUGGAAGAAAUAAACGGGUGGUUCAAUGCAAUUGACAUUAUAAGGAGAAAUCGAUCUAGGAAAAAAAAAAAGAGAUUCAAUGCUUAGGGUUUUAUGUUGUUGGCAACUUUGUUUACGCAGGAAACUAUCUGCAUUGCUUAGAAUGAAGUGGUGCGAAUAAAAAAAACCCACAUUUCC